AUGAGUGAUACAGAUUCAGCAUAGUUACGGUCAACUAUUGAGAGCCAAAAGGCCUAACUAGAUUAAUUAACUUAAAGAAUCUCAGAUAUGGAAAGAUCAACUUAGAAAUUGAAGGAGUAAAACUAAAAGCUUGAAAACAUUCUUCCAUAUCUUUAAGUUCAAGCAGAUAAAAUUGCAGCCUAGUCAAACAGUAAAAUAUAAUAUUAAAAUUUUAUAGAUGGUAUUCAAGCAUCCAAUGAUGAAACUAACUCAUAAUUAUUGCAGCAAGAUUUAGACGACAGAUUGGUCACUGCUAACUUCGGAUAUUAUUGUGAAUAAAAAGUCAGGUCUGAAGAGCCAGUCUAUAUAAUGGGUGAAUUCAAUCAAUGGUAGCCAGAAUUAAUGGAGAGAGUAACUGAUAAUAUAUUCGCCUUUGAAACUAAGGUACUACCAGGCUACAAGUACAGAUUCAAUUUCAGAAUAGGUGAAAAUUUAAGGCAUGAUCUUAUCCAAGAUAAAGAAAAGGAUGAAAAUGAGCAAGAUGUCAACUUCAAAUAUAUAUUAGAAAAUUCUUCAGAUAUCUCUAACUAAGACGAGCUCAUACAAAUACCACUCUUUGUUCAUCCAUUAUUAAAGUAAAAACGUGAAGAACAGUUAAAAUUGAUACUUUCCCAAUUCACUGAAUUGUAAGCGACCAUCGUUUAAUUUGAAUCUUCAGAAUUAUCGAAUUUCGAAGAUUUAGAUGAAAGUACUUAAAGAGAAAAACUUAAUUAGGCUCUUAUUAGAAACAGAUCUCUACUUGCACAGUUAAAUUUGCAAAAAAAGGUAAAAGGUUUUGCAGAAAGUUGUGGAUAAAACCAGAUCCUAUAAUCUAGUCUAGAGCAAAUAAUCAUCUUUGAGAAAGAAAGCACAAUAUUGAUUAACUUAAUUCAAACUCUUACUAGAGGUAAAUUUGCUAAAAGUUUAGAGGAGAAUCCUAUAUAUUACUACUUUUGCUCAUACAAUGUCUAAAAUAAUGAGAUAUUGCUAAAAAGAGUAUUUGAUAAUAAUGGAAUUCUAUUAGACGAAUCAAGCCAAAUUGAAGUUAAUAGAAAACUUAUAAGCACCGAGACAAUUGUUGAAAGCUAUUAAAUAUUAUUUGGAUAAGAGGCAAAAGAGUUCAAACAAGAUAUGCUGAAUAAUGAAGUCCAUACUUUCAAAUUGAAAUACACAACAACAGUGAAGUAUGUCCAUUCUUGGUAGGAAAAGGAGUUAGUCCCUAUCAGUUCAUAGCCCGAGGUCAAUUUUGCAGAUUAUACUUUUAGUGCCUGGUCAAGCGGAUAUCCCUACUCAAUUACCAAUAAAAUCCAUGGAGCAGUCAAAUCUGAAGCUGUAAGAGUUGAUUAGCUAUCUAAAUCGAACCACGUAACUGUAUAUACCAAUGAAAUAUCUAGCAAUGUCCUGAAUAUAAUUCAUAUUAACGUUGAAGUUGCAAAUGAUUAAAUUAUCUUAGAAUUUCUCUACGCCAAUCAAGAUUAAGACAUCAAAGAUUUCUAAGAUUUUAAGUCUGAUGAGAAUGCUAAAACUGCGUAGUAUAAGAUCAUUAUUAAGGAUCAAAGAAUUUUUGCAAUCUUGUAUAGCAAUGGAUCAGGAUCAGUUGAAUAAUUAUAAUUCUUUGAAUUUAGAAUAUCCAAAGGUAUGCUAGCAAGUGUUUCUACCUGUUGCAGGUUAAAUUACUCAUAAGAGGAAAUGUUUGUUUAAGUAGAAAAUGUUCCAAUUGGCCAUCUUGUAAGCUUAGAUAAAAAUGCUAUAGAAGAACUUGGCCAAUCAAAACCUCAGCACGAACUUUUUGGCUUUUGCACAGAUGGAUACUUUUUGAAAGAUUUAAAAGGGUAUAUUGAUGUGAAUGUGAUAUCACUUGAUGAAUGCAAUAACUUCCUUGAAAAUUAGGAUAAGAUAGCGCUUCCAGUCUGCUUAAUAACGGAUCCUUCAUGGAACGCUCAAUCAAAAUAUGUUCAGAAGAUGCAAAUUGAGUCCUGGACACAAAGUAGUAUGGCUAUAUCCAGGCUGUAUUGA